AUGGAUAGUUUUCAAUCAUUUGGAUUAUGUGAGAAAGCAUUGGAAUUCAAUGUAGAAGUUGAGUUUCCUAAUCACAGCAAAAAGAUUUAUCAAUUUCAUUCAAGAUUCACUGUCGAUAAAAUAAAGGAUUCACCAACAGCAUUAAGUAAGAAUGACUAUACUCUCCAAGUCGGUGAUGAACAACUAUCAGUUGAUUUUGUUAGAUUUAUAGUUAGCUCCCCAAAAAUAACAGAAGCAUUGGCAAUUGAACCAAUUGUUAAAAUUCAAGUUGCCCUCAAGGUUUCUUCAUUUACAAAUACUCAACGUGAAAAAUUGAUAAUUGGAACAAAUAAUAUGAAUCAAUUAAAAUCGAAUCUUGAAAAAUCACCUAUUGCAGCUAGAUUGGCUGGUGGUGGUAGAUUAUCAAUGACGAUGGGUGCCGGUGGAAUCUUGAAUCAAGAUGCUCAAAACACUUUAAAGUUGUUGAAAAAAUAUAAAGAAGAGAAUGGAAUUAAAGAUGACUCGAAUGAUCAUAAAAAGUCAUCUUCAAAGGAUUCACCUACCAAAGAGAGGAGUUCAAGUUCCAAUAGUUUCUUUUCAGUCAGACAAGAACGUAGCAGUAGUAGUGGUAGUAUCACCAGAGAGAGUAGUACUUCAAGUUUGAAUGGUAGUGAUGUAGAUAGUGACACUGACUGUUAUGCUGCUAGUACAGCCAACAAAUAUGCAACUAUUACAGCUUCACAUUUAUCACCAUCGAAAAAGACCGGUUCGGGUGGCGAUGGUAGUGGAGGUGGAUCACCAUCAACACCAAAGUCAAAAUUAAAAUCCUUUUUAUUCUCAGAGAAGAAAAAGAGUUCAACCAAAUCGUCUCAAUCAUGUGACGAUCUAUCAUUAUCCAUUUCGACAUCACCAAUACUAUUGGUUUCAAAUAGACCAAAAACACAAGACUAUUCUACUUCUUCUUUGCAAAGCGGUCCAACUGAAUUGGGUGGAUCUGCCAACAGUCCUUUAUCACAUUCACCUUCACAUUCACGGUCAUCAUCUUGCGAUGCAUUUUCAUCGUCACCCAACAACAACAACAAUAAUAAUGGUGCUGCAGGAACAAUAAGUAAUUACGAACAGAUUAAAGAUUUUAGUUUAAUUGAAAAUACCAAAGGAUUCAAUGUAGAGUCUUACCGAAAGGGCUAUCAAGCAAGUCGUCAUCUCCAACUUGACCCCCUCAUCACCAAUGAAAGUUGGUACGCCAAACAUUUCCACAAUCAACCAGACCACGUUAAUUUUAUUGGUCAAGAUGAAAAGAAUGGUACUUUUAUAGUAUCUUGUAUUAAAAAUAUCGUCGUCUCUGAAGAUAAAGAAAAAGAUAAAUCAUCAAAAAAUAAUAGUUAUAAAGUUUUAUUAAGAACUAAAUCUAAUGAUAUUUAUACAACUACCAAUUUAUCAUCAUCAAAAAUACAAAUUAAAGAAAUCAUUCAAAAUAUAGCACCAGACUUAUCAACUAAAAAUAUAAAGAAAUUCAAAUCAACAACGGCAGUGGGAUCAUUGGAAAAGGAGUUAUUGAAUUUUGAAGAACGUCAGCGAAUUAAAAGUUUUAAAUUUGGUGUACUCUAUUGUGGCGCAAAUCAAUCGACCGAAGAGGAGAUGCUCUCCAAUGCAAGUGGAAGUCAAGAUUUUAAUGAAUUCCUAGAUAUUCUUGGUGGUCGUAUAAAGUUGGAAGGAUGGACCAAUUAUCGAGCUGGAUUGGACGUUAAAUCAAAUACCACCGGUACCGAAUCGAUAUAUCAGCUGUACCAAGAUUUUGAAAUUAUGUAUCAUGUCUCUACACUACUUCCUCACAGUAUAGUAGAUAGUCAACAGGUUGAAAAGAAAAGACAUAUUGGUAAUGACAUUGUUGUAAUUAUAUUUAAAGAAAGUGAUAAACCAAUAUCUCCAAAUACUUUUCAAUCUGAUUUUAAUCAUGUAUUUAUUGUAGUAUCAGUUGAUAAACAACAUACACAACAAAAGAGAUACAAAGUUGCCAUAACAUACAAAGAUGGAGUUCCUCAAAACCAACCAUUCUUGGAAUACCCAUGUACUUUCCAAAAUAAUCAAGACUUUAAAAACUUUUUAUUGUGUAAAUUUAUCAAUACAGAAUGUUCAUCAUAUGAAGCUCCAAGUUUCAAGAUAAAGAUUCAAAGAACUAGAACAAUGCUACUAAAAAAUAUUUGUGAUACUUAUACUACUAAAUAA